AUGGGCUACGGCUCGAAUGGCAACAGUUACCAAGGGUAUCAAGGCGGAAGUGGCGUGCACCACAACAGUGCUAAUCGAAGUCGUCGAAGAGACUAUGAAGAACUCAGCAAUGGCACUAACAGCAAUAAUCGGAUGCAAUCGAUGGAAGUCUUGAGUGGUCGCGAAUAUGGCCUGGAAUUUGACAGCAGUGAUGGUCCCCAAAACUUGAAGCAUCGAGCCACUCUGUACUGUCUCGUGGGAUUCUUGAUUUUGAUUGUGCUGACGGCUCCUCAUCGUGAUCAUGGUGGUGAAACGUCCAAUUUCAAGUUUCCCAAAAAUAGUAGCAACAGGACCAAUGCUACUGUUACUAGUACUACUACUACGACACAAGCACCCACCAGCCCGUCCUCCGAAUCCAAGGUGACCACCAGUAGUGAACCUGCCCUAACUGCACAGACCAACAACAGCUCCAAUGCUACCCUUACUCGUCAUACCAGACCGGCAUAUGCCGACCAAUGCCAUCUACCUGCAUCCUUUCAAAUAACAUUACCCAACAAUUUCACCUUUUUGAAUGAUACCAAUUUUUGCUUGAAUCAGACUACCAAUGACAUUGACAACCAAUCAACCUGCACAUGCAAAGAUCCCGUAACACCAGCCAAACCCGACUAUGCUCCUGUGGAUUGGCCUCGUGCCAUGCAAAUGAAUGUGGAACUCGUGCAAAAGGCCAUUGCCUCGUCCGUGGAUGUCGUCUUUGUGGGAGAUUCCAUUACCGAACAUUGGAAUGGCAGGGACAUGGCCGAAUUUCGACCCAAAGAUCACAAUGUAUCCAUUGUAUUUGAACAAUUAUUUUCCAAAGCCACCAAUGCCAGUAAUCCACAAGGAUUGGCAUUGGGAAUUGCCGGUGAUCGAUGUCAAAAUCUCUUGUACCGUCUCCAAAAUGGCGAAAUGCCCGCCACAUUACAACCCAAAAUUUGGUGGAUCUUGAUUGGAACCAACGAUUUGGGAAGUGAUCACUGCAAUGCCAAUGCCAUUACAGCAGGAACGAUUCGGAUUGUCGAAGAACUCCAACAACAUUCACCCAAUGCCACCAUUGUCAUUAAUUCCAUUUUACCACGCGGAGGGAGUAAUCAUUCAUCGCAAGAACUCUUGCAUAUCAGCCAAACAUGGCCCAUUAUGCAAACCAUCAAUCAACGGUUGGAAUGUUACGCCAAUCAAACAUCAACUUUUGUCCAAUUCUUUAAUGCGACGGAUCUGUUCGUGUACACCCAAGACGAUGACGAUGCCAACUAUGGACGAGAAGUCUACAUUAACCAAACACUCAUGAACGAUUACUUGCAUCCGUCCGGUGAAGGAGCAUUGAAAUGGGGGCGCGCCAUGGUCGACAAGAUUCGGCAACUACUUGGUGGUUGA